CGAACAUAACUGGCCGCAUUAAGUAAAAGAAAAAUACCAUUUAAAAGAAUGUAUAUUUAUGGUGAUGUGGAAGAAGAAAAGGCCGUAGAUGCCUUGCAACAAUGGUUUGAAGAUAAUAAGAAAUUACCAAAGAAAAUUGAUCGCACAAUGCUAUGGCGUCUUUACCAAAGAGCAUCUAAGGAUAUUGAGAAAACCAAGAAGGUAAUAGAAGUCAAUUACACUCUGCGCUUAAAAAAUCCUCAAAUUUUUGCAAAUCGUGAUCCUACCGAUAAUGAUACCAAUAAUACACAUGAAAUUGCUCAUAUUAUUCCCUUACGGGAAUUGACACCCUCAAAUGCUCAUGUAACGGUUCUACAUUUCUAUAAUCCAGAACCUCAAUUGGUUCACUUCACGGAGGACAUCAAAACCUUUACCAUGGUCAAUGAUUGCCGCUUCUGCUUGCCCGAUGUCAUAGUUGAAGAUGAAAAAGCUAAAAUUUCCGAUGGCGCCAUGUUAGUUAUCGAUAUGGAAGGUGUUAGCUUAAAAUUUAUAAUGCGUUUUACCUUUUUCACCAUGAAUACUCUCUUCAAGUAUCUGUAUUUGGCUUAUCCAGAUGCCAUGAAGGCAGUACAUCUAAUAAAUUGUCCGCCUUUUAUAAACAAAAUUUUGGCUUUGGUAAAGCCAUUUAUGAGCAAAGAACUAUUUGCCAUGAUUACUUGUCACAUAGAUGGUCUUGAUAGUCUUUACGAGCAUAUUCCAAGGGAUAUGUUGCCUAAUGAAUAUGGUGGUAAAGCUGGUAAAUUAGCCGACUUAGCUGAAGAGAAUAAGAAACUCUUACUGGAGAAAAGGGACUUCUUAACGGAUAUGAGCUAUUGGAAGCUAUAAAACUAGUAGACAGAAUUGGAUGUUAUUAUGCAGUUCUUUUGAAUUUACCAAUGUAAUGAAUGGCUGUAGUAAUGGUAUUCGAAACCCUUUUGUGACCUGUAUCUAGUUUUAAGGAUUAUAUAGAAGUGACUUGAUUCUA